GGACUCUUCCAAUUAACUUAAAGUGCGAUCGAUAUGCACUAGUUUUCGCGCAUUCGCCCUCAAUUUGCACUGUACUAUGUAAGAGUGCAGCCAUAACGGGCCCGCUACCUUUCGAUGGCCGCUACUGGCCUAGUUAGCGCAUUGCAGACGCUGCGGCACAGCCUCGAGGAUGUUCAGCUAGUAGUUAUCAUGUAUGCAUGUGGCGGAGUGUCGUGCAGUACAUAUACAGUGCAAGUGCAGUGCUAAUGCCUACCGGGUACAUACAGUGGCCAGUUAAAUCUGCGGAGGAGCCAUGGCGCAUGUUGAAGAUAUGAAAACACGUGUGCGACUGCUUGAACAUGGAGUUGACAAUGUUCACAGUUCAAGUUUUCCUGGAAACUAUGUUGGAAGUGAUGAUUCUUGGAGCAUGGACAAAUUUACUAAGAACUUUCGAAUCGAUGUGAUUAGUCUGACUCAUUCGGAGCUUGAAUUUGACAUGGUAGGAGUGGAUCCAGCAGUAGCUAAUGCAUUCAGGAGGAUUUUGCUUGCAGAGGUACCAACAAUGGCAAUUGAGAAGGUCUCCAUCUUUAAUAAUACAUCCAUCAUACAAGAUGAAAUUCUAGCUCACAGAUUAGGACUUAUUCCUAUCAAAGCUGAUCCGAGAAUCUUUGAGUACAGAGAGGAAGUCAAUACAGGUGAUGAAACGGGAACUGGAGAAGACACGAUUGAAUUCCAACUGAAAGUGAAAUGUACCAAGAACCCAAAUGCUUCUAAAGAUGCCACCGACCCUGAUGAACUCUAUAAGAAUGCCAAAGUAACAACUGAACAUUUCAAGUGGAUUCCUUUAGAAAACCAAGAGGAGACGUAUGGACCUAAAGCUUUUGCACCUGUCAACAAGGACAUCCUGAUAGCCAAGCUAAGACCGGGCCAGGAGAUUGACCUUAAGAUGCAUUGUGUGAAAGGCAUUGGUAAAGACCAUGCCAAGUUCUCUCCAGUUGCUACUGCCUCAUACCGUCUUAUGCCAGAGAUCAUUUUGAAUGAGGAUAUCACAGGAGAAAGAGCUAAGAAACUUCAACAGUGUUUUUCUUCUGGAGUGAUUGAUGUUGAAAAAAGAAAUGGUGUACCCGUAGCGGUGGUAGCUUGUCCUAGGAGAGAUACAUGCGGCAGAGAAGUCUUCUCGCAUGAUGACCUCAAAGAUUGUGUGAAGUUGAACAGAAUACGAGAUCAUUUUAUCUUCUCUGUGGAGUCGACUGGAGCUCUUCGUCCAGAAGUCCUAGUCUCGGAGGCUAUCAAUAUCUUAAAAUCCAAGUGUAAGACAUUUCAACAGGACCUUGACAUGCUGGGCAACCAGAAUACAGACACGUGAAGUUACUCGUGCCUUAAUGAGAACAUGAACUCAAUGGAAGUAAAGAGACUCUAUGGCCCAGCGUUUUUCAACCAACCACGAACCCCAAAAUGUUAUCUUCAAUAUGUUAAAAAUAUUAUUUUGUGGUCAAUGUACUAGAUAUAUAAAAUAUAUACCCCAAGGUGCCCCUGCAACCCGGUUGAAAGACGCUGAUAUAGCAAACCAAGGAAGCAGGGGAUUAACUGGAUGUUCCAUCAUUAAUAUUCUCCUGAAGAACUGUUGAUUCUUGUUGUACUGCUUGCUUUCAUUUUGUGCACAAAGCGAGUGUUUAUAAUAAGUUAUCAAGCAGCACGUUACUCUUAUGGAAUAUAAGGAAAGCCUGCUAGAUCACAGUACUCUAUGAUCAUGUUUUAUGAGCAAAAACAGUGAAAAGGUCAACAUUUCUAAUCAUGGAAAGAAGAGGAGAAAUCCAAGUCGUCGUGAGUGCAGUGUUGCCAUGCAAAUUUGUGGAAAUUCCUUCUUACAAAGCCAAGGAGAGCAGAUUAUUCAUCAGUUUGUCAAGUUACACAUGUUUGAUCUGUUCCAUUAUGAUUGAAUCUAUUUUAGAAAUGCAUGUUUCACUCUCUGUACUUACGGUUUUCAAUGAUUAAAUUUUUAUAUAAAUAGAAAACACACAAUUCU